AUGUGUUUUCUUGAAAAGUCUCAAUCAGCUAAAAGACAUGAAGAGAAGAUUUAACAUCAAUCUUGACGACUCUGCUUUCACCAAAGAAAGAACACCGCCAAAGCCUCAGUUUCAGUCUUCAUCUAAAGGAGGACAAAGCACCUCAGCCUCAGACUCAUCUCCAGCAAAGCCUGUCCCCGUGGUCCAGCCCCUGUCCUAUGCAGAAUACAUCGUCCAGAGUAAAAGCAACGCUGCUCCUCCCCAGAGAGGAGGUCCCACCAAACCACCGAAGAUUGAAGGUGCUGGAGUUACCAAGUUGAAACAAACUGAGUCAGAUUCAGUGACAUCUGCCGCAGGAGCAUGCGAGACAGUUCAGGACUGUGCUAAAGAGACUGCAGGUGGAUCUGAAGGAAAGAGUUACGAGGAGACACAGGGGGCUGCUACAGACCAAAAGGAGGGGAACUGUCAAAGGUCAGAUCCAGGCUUGGGUCCAAAACCAGCAGGGUCUGGGAGCAGCAUCAUUGUCAGUCCUCGACAGCGGGGAAAUCCCAUCCUGAAGUUUGUGAGGAGUGUCCCGUGGGAGUUUGGCGAAGUGGUACCAGACUAUGUCUUGGGCCAAACAACUUGUGCGCUCUUCCUCAGUCUGAGGUAUCACAAUCUCAAUCCAAACUAUAUCCAUGAUCGUCUCAAGCAGCUUGGACAGACUUUCACCCUGCGGGUGUUACUGGUACAAGUAGAUGUGAAAGAUCCUCAUCAUGCAUUAAAGGAGCUGGCUCGCAUCUGCAUCAUGGCUGACUGCACUCUCAUUUUGGCUUGGAGUCCAGAGGAGGCUGGCCGUUACCUGGAAACAUACAAGUCAUAUGAAAAGAAACCAGCAGAUGCACUGAAGGAGCAAGUUGAAAAAAACUAUCUGUCAAAGGUUACUGAUUGCCUGACCACUGUAAAGUCCAUAAACAAGACCGAUGCCAUGACCUUGCUGUCCACUUUCCAGUCUGUUGAAGGAAUCAUCAGUGCCUCUAAGGAAGACUUGGUUCUCUGUCCAGGCCUCGGGCCACAAAAAGCUCGGCGACUCCACGAUGUGCUGCAUAAGCCCUUCCUCAAGUCGAAGACAAAAGACAGCUGAAACAACUUAUCAAGGAUGUGUGACGCAUUCCUUAAAGAAAUUUUUGAAGUUGGUUGUCAUGUUGAACAGCAUGCAAACACACACACACAGUCACACAAAUGAAUUAAAUACUACAAACACUUGAUUUGCUGGAGUGAAGAAAUGUUGACCACUCUGAGAAUCAGCUAGGAGCGAUGUCUAGAGACUUUCAGGUGUGAACUCUAGCAUCCAGAGCUGCACAUCAAGUCUCUGUUAUGGCUUGAUACAGUUUUUGCAUGUUGAAUUCAUUUUUAUGUAAAUAAAUAUUUUGUUAUUUGUGUAUACUGUAUAUUGCACCUUAAUUCUGUUUUAUAGUUUUCUCAAAACCAAAGGGAGGUCUUCGAUGUCUGCAAAUAUAUCUAUUUAAGGAGGUGGAACAUGGACAUUGAAACUGAGCUUUUUGAUAGGAGAAAGAGGGGGGAUGUUACCACAGCUUGAACCAACACUAAACUUCUGAAUGUGUUGCAGAUUUGGAUUUUCUCGUUAUAAUAACUACAGUAUACAUUUGUAUUUGAAUGAGUAAUUUGGUUCCACUUUGAAUAUGAAGAUGGGCAGUGAGGUUACUUUAAAAAAAAAAAAGGUAAACUAAAAGCAGUAAGUCUUUUUUGAGUAACACCGCUCUAAAAUGUGCAAAAAAUGAUUUAACUGGAGACUAACGUUAUCAGUGUUUUAAAUUGUAUCGUUUCCUAUCCAUUGUAGAGCCCCGUGCUGCCUUUAGGUGCUCCUCCGAUCCUUUGCCAUCUUUGGAAGUGUCCUGCUGUUACAUUACGUGCUGUGAAUUGUGAUCUACAUUAGGCUGUAGUAACAGUGAGAGCGCAGUGGAAAUUGGCUUUGGUGGUACAAUGAGAAACAAAAUGUGAUGUGCGCGAUUCCAAUAUAAUAAAUGUCAUACUUACAUUUAAACGACUAAAAUAAAUACAUUUUAC